AUGCGGAGCCCUACGGGAUGGCACGUUAGAAGGGGAGUACGCCCCUGGUCUCACUAUAAAGGACUCAAUUCAAAGUCCAUUUGGAUUCCUGAAUCGGUUGGAGAUGGAAAGGGACGUUUUGCUGUUGCCAUAGACUCGUUAAGCGAGAUGCUAAGGUACACAUCCAUCUCUUCAGUUGCUGGACUUCUAAGCAACCUUCGCAGCCAUACUGAAAUGAUUGCCGAAAGCCUUGUGCCUAAGGUCCAGUUCAAUCUAGAAUUAUCAGAAAAGGAGCGAAAUGACAGGGAAAAAGUUGUACUUCCAUUUGAGCACCAAGGAAUUGGUAAAACCAUUCAAAUCUAUGAUCGUCGAAAGUCUCCCAAUGAGGACAAUGCUGAAAUGCAAUAUACUUCUGCCGAGAAAGUGCAGACAAUUAAGGAUUCAGGGAGGGGAGAAAUUAUAUAUUUUCGUGAUUCAGAUGACGAGAUGCCGGAUUUAAAUGAGGACCCUGAUGAUGAUUUGGACAUAUGA